UAAUCUCUCCUUUUUUUCAGGGAGGUUGAGGGUCUUUCUAAGCAACUCUGCCCACUCGGGGGCGUAGCCUAACUGUCUCAGGGUCAUUUCCUUGUCUUCCCUUUAAGUGGGGGAGGGAGGUUCUCCUUGAUUUCACUGGGCAGGUUGCUAAGCAACCUCUAGGUAGGUUGCUGGGUAGCCAGGGCAGAUUGCCUUUUGAUUGUUACUUUUCUUCUGGCUGGGGAUCGGGUCUGCCAGACAACUGUAACAUCCGACAGCAUGGGUGCACAGCUGUCUGUCUCGCAGAAGAGCCUAUACUACCAAGUUGUGGGCAUCCUUUCGGGGAGGGAACAAAAGUUUAAAAAAUCCGAAGCUCAGAAGUUUGCCAGGUGGUUGUCCCUGCAUUUCCCUGAUGUUUCGGCCCAAAAAUUAUUACAAGUGUCAUUUUGGGACAGGGUAGGGAAUGAAAUUCUAAGAUUAGGGGAUCCAUCCCUAUCUAAAUUCACAUAUCUGGCCCUGCAAAUUCGUAAUAUUGUCAAAAAUGAAAUGCAGAGACAGCCGUCCAAUGACAAACUUUUCCCCAGUUCACAACCCGGUUCAUCCCAUCCUACCCCUCUUUCCUCUCCCGCUGCUCCUCGUUCAGGAAUUCUGAGGGGAGCAACCCGCCAUUCGGUGCAGGGUUGCCACCGUCUCCCCGGCUCCCCACAGAAUUCUCACGACCCCCGCCUGGGCAGUCCUGGCCAGACUGCUCGGGAUCUUUCCUGUCCCCCAGUUUCUCCUAAAUGUACAGCCCCGUCCCAAAAACCCACAGUUAGGUUCCAUGUCCCUGAUCCCAUCUCCCCUCAAAAUGGCCCCCAGGAGGCACAAAAUGGCGGGCGCCACGCGGCGUUUCCCGCCACUUGUCCUUCUUCUUCCUGUGAUCCUCCUCCCUCUCCUCCCCAGAGCCCCAUCCUUCCCGAACCCAACCCCUUCCGGCCCUCCGGUUUUCCCGCCAGUCCUACCUCUCCGCCCACCGUCCCUCCCAUAUCAUCUUUAACCCCGCCUGAUGUCACCAUCCACCUGGACACGUCAUCACCCAAUGCCCCUCCCACUGGUCCUGUUGUGGUCCCUUCCGGUCCCACCCCUGAUUCCCACGGUUCCCACGACCCUCCUUCCGGUUCCCACGCUUUGUUUUCCGGGGCGGGGGGUUGUGGGAACCCAGGCCUGCCUGACACCCUUCCUACCCUUUCAGCUGCGCCGGUUCCAUACGUCCCGCAGCCGGAGGGUAGGCUCCUUGCCCAGUGGUCGCCGAUCCCUCAGCAGACAAUUAAAGAACUGUGAAUUUAAGAAUUUGCAGUUCUUAAAGAAUUUAAGAGGGAACGUUAAUAUUUCAGAGGCCUACUAAAGGCAACUUUAACAUCAAAUGAGUACACUCCGGCAGAGCUAAGGAUCCUCUUCUCAUGCCUACUUACACAAACAGAGUUCAUGCUAUGGGAGGUGGCAUGGGAAAGAGAGGUCUGGGCUGUGUUGCCGGAGUUAUGGGCCAACCAAGAUACUGCACUUGACGCUGAGGGUUGGAUUCUAUCUCUUGACCAAUUGUGUGGGAAAGGAGACUGGGUGUCAGGGCAGAAGCAGGCCGAGAAAAUUCCCAGGGGGGCUCUGCAGCAGAGCCUGAAGGCAGCUGAAAAGGCUUUCUUCAAACUUAAGCCUGAAACGCCUGUAGAUAAUUAUGUCUAUAUUAAACAGUCGCCUUCUGAGUCCUUUGUGAGUUUUGUAGAGCGGUUGCGGAAGGCCAUCGACCUGCAGGUGCCAAGUGAAGAAGCCAAGCAGGGAUCCUUACUGAGAUGGCAAGGCUCAACGCCAACGAGCCCUGCAGAGCCGCCAUUCUCAGCCUGCCUUUGGAUCCAACCCCCACCCUCCACGCGAUGCUGGAGGUGUGCAAGAGAAAAGUCACCAUCCCGCAGAAGGAUCAGCAGGACCGCUACCGCUCUACAAGGAGGAUCUCUGCUGCAGAUGCGGCCAACAUCAAGCCACCGCUCAUUCCACCGGCCGUUCCACCUCAACGUUUCCCGGGACCACCGUCAAAAGGGAACAACAGGGACCAGCUGUGUCACCUUUGUCGCCAGAAGGGGCAUUGGGUUCAGAAUUGCCCUUUGAGAACUGAAUUUUUUGACUUUCAAAAGAGACAACAAGGGCAAAGAAGCCCUCCCAAGGAGGGGGCUCAAAAAACCUAAACAGCCAGCGCAGUCCCUCCCUGCGCAAGGACACAAGUAGGGCUGGUGUUGACAGAAUCUUUACACCUAAGAAACAGCGAUUGGCGGUUCGUGUCCGUGGACACCGAAAUACCCGGGACCUGGAAGAAAUUCCACUGUAAGUACAUCAUCCUUGGGGACACCAAACACACGCCUCUCGACAUUACCAUUGCCCCGGGUCUGGUAACAGCUGAUCCGGGGAAUUUAGUGUUAUGGCUGCACUGUGCUCACCCUCCGGUGUACCUGCCGAAGGGUCAAGUAAUCGCCCAGGCUCUCCCGGUACCUGAGCUUCCGUGGGACCCCGAAUGCCUGGGGUCCAUUCCUACAGUUUGUUGGACUCAGGAGCUGGGAAGAGAAAAGCCCAGGAUUCCGUGCGGGCUGCGCCGGGGAGUUUCCCUUGCAGAAUUCCUUUGGAGAUGUCCCAACCCAUCAUAACACCGGAGAUGAGCCUCAUCCUGCUCACAGUGAUGAUGAGCGUCCUACAUCCCCAGCAGGCGUGGAUAAUCCCUCAGCCUCAGGCCAAUGUCUGGACCAGCCUGGCGAGAGCUAUGAGUCAAGACCACAUUUGCCUAUCUACCUCCUCCGCCGCUAAACCUAUGCUCUCCUGCCUUGUGGGGAUCCCAUUAAAUCUGGAUGAGUUUCCUUUUGUUUUUCCCAAAACCUCUGUAUCCCCCCGAAAGAAGGCCCGCUCUUUUGUAAUCAAGGAAGUUAAGCCCUGGAAAGAAUGGGUCAGAAAAUUACCAGUCAUGGAGAACCUUCUGCAGGAAUGAGAUCUUUUAGGUUCUUCUAAGGCUUUUGUUUGUAUCCAUUUUGCCGUUGAUCCCGACCCCCAAGUCCGGCCCUUUACCGAAAUCAAGCAGUACAACAUUAAUUAUACCGCAAAAAAUUGGUGCCGAAAAGUAAUUCAUAUCCCCUUGAAAUCCACCCCAGACAAUCGACCCCAUUCCCUUCCUAAAGGCACCUUUUUAAUUUGUGGGGAUCGGGCUUGGGCUGGCAUCCCCCCUCAUCUGAUCGGAGGCCCCUGUACCUUCGGCCGGUUGGGCUUGUUUACUUCCAACAAAACUCAAAUCGCUAAUUGGCAGAAGAAAAAUAUGAGCCGUCAAUUGGCUCGUCCAAAAAGAGAAUUAAAGAAUCUGGACCCAAAUUGUGAUUCGGAAAUUAUUCAUUGGUCAAAGCCAAAAGGGGUUGCGGCCAUCACAUUCAUGCCUUGGGUGGCCGUAGCCAAAGCAUUUGGGGAAUUGGCUCACCUCGAGUGCUGGGUUGCUAAACAAGCAAAUUUGACAUCAACUGCGCAUUCGGACCUCCUAUCUGAUGAGGAGAUAACGAGGCAGGCUACCCUUCAAAAUCGAGCAGCAAUUGAUUUUCUCCUUCUCCUCCACAAUCAUCGGUGCGAAGAAUUUGAAGGACUUUGUUGCCUGAACCUAACAUCACAUGCUGAGGACAUCCACGCCACAAUAAAUAAGAUGCAGAACAUGAUAACGGACAUUAAGAAGGAAUCAGGAGACUGGCUGGGGAAUGUCUUUGAAGGAUGGGGACUCACGGGUUGGGUACAGUCUUUGUUUCAGAUUGGACUUUUGAUUUUAUUUGUUUUGGUUGUCAUCAUUAUCGGGUUCAGUGUCCUCAAACGAAUGCUCAUCAACUUAGUAAACACCGCGGUUGAGGUGAACCGGGUCUCUGUUUCAACACCACCAGAGGAGACCCCGGCGGAAGAGCAACCAUGGCAUGAAACAGCUCCAACUCAACAACCGUGGUUUGGGGACCUGUACCCGGAAUCAGAGUAUUUACCUCAGACUGAGUUCACUUCUAUUUAGUUCUCAAAUUCUGUUUAAUUAUUAAGUUCCAUUCCCUUCUUUUUAAAACAAAAAGGGGGAAUUGUUGUAUUGUGUUUUAUUAUGUUCAUUCAUACUGUUGUUGUUGCCUAUGUUCUGAGAAUGGUUUGUCCCUGUUACCCCCCAUAUCCCUUUGGUUCAACCCCUGUCACUCCUCCCUAAGCCUGCCCCUUGACUCAGCAGAACUGCUGAGUCAUUCCUGAGUCCCCUCCCUGGUGCCCUGUCCAUCACUCGGCAGCCCAUUCCCACCACCCAGAAACUUCCAUCAGGGGCGUCGAGUGAUUGGAUCAGGACCAGGGACCCCUCCCCUACUUUCCCCUAAUAGGUUGUUAUCCCUAUCCAUCCCCUUGAAAGCCACACCCCGGUUCUACCCCAUUGGUUGUUCUCCCCUUCCACUCCCCCCUUUAUAAACUGUGGCAGAGUCCCUCUCGGGGCUCUCGUUGGUUGGCUUCUGUUGAGUUUUGUUGGAGCUCCUGGAGUUUCUAAUAAAACCCUGACGUUCGCCCCCAAGAGAGUCAGCCUCAUCCUUCAGUGGGUUAGCCGUUCGGUCGCUCCUCUGGAAGCACUCCUGGAAAACCCUGCGGGGAACCGAAGGCAGUGCCUUCCACCGUCGCCGUGUCACCUGGCCGGGUCACUCGAGCGGCUGCCGAGUGGACACAACGGCAUGAAAGAGCUCGUGUAGGGCAGGCGCAACCUGCAGGCAGAGCUGUGAGC